AUGGAGGAACAGGCCUAUCUGGAGCCCGGAUUUGAUCCAGCUACCCUCACUGUCCCGCAACUGCGCUCAGUCUUGGUCGCGCAGAGCAUAAACUACCCAAGUUCGGCAAAGAAGUCGCAGCUCAUCGAUCUGUUCAACGAGCAUGUCGCGCCGCAAGCAAAGCAGCUGCGCAACGCCAGUCUGAGAGUGAAGCGCAGCAGCAGAGGCAUUCUUGACGUGGCUAGCCAAAGUACGGACAACAACGAGGACGAACUGCCUCCAGCGCCAUCAACGGGCAGAAGAAGCGGCGGAAGGACAACGAGAGCGCGAACGGAGGAGGCGGAGGAAGUGCCACCGCCAACUACGCGAUCGACGAGACACAGCACCGCGCCGCCAGAAGCCACCCCAAGACGAGCAUCGAGCAAGCAUGCGCGGACUAUUGACAGGACUGUACCUGAAGAGGAGCCUGGGCCGAAGCGGCCAACGUCUAGGAGAUCGCGGCCCAGUGCGCAGACUCCCAGAGUGAAGGAGGAGGAAGCACGCGAUGAAGGCAGUCCGUUCUCAAUGGAGAACGUCUUUCAGUCUGGUAGCUCCCCACCUCCACCAACAACAGACCGGAGGCGAACAACCAUGAACGCGCCCCAGGACACAGAUCGACGCCGAAGCGACAAGGUGCGUAGACGGACGCACGAUGUCAAACCGGCACGACAGCAAGCGGAUGGUACUGUCGUGCCUACGAGGCGUACAUUCGAGAUGCCGGUCUCAGCUAUGAGGAAGGAGCGCGUGGAGCCAACGGAGGAGUUCACGCCAGAAGAAGAGCAAGAUCUUGCACUGGCGCAGCAGUCCGGAGAGUUGGUGCAGGUCCGGCCGAAAAGCACAGCGCCAGCGGCUAAAGCAGCACGGAACGGUUUUAGUGCAAUCUUCGUCGCUGUGCUGGCUGCUUCGGCGUAUCUGUAUGGCGAUGAGAAGUUCAAGGUCGGUUACUGUGGGCGCGGAGAGCCGAGCAGGGAGAUCGCUGGUGUUCAGGUACCGGAGUGGGCGGAUGCGUACCGUCCAUCGUGCGAGCCAUGCCCGCAGCACGCGAUCUGCUACGACAACCUGAAGACGGCGUGCGAGCCAGGAUUCGUCCUGACACCGCAUCCUCUCUCGAUGAUUGGACUCAUACCGAUCCCACCCACCUGCCAACCCGACACGGCGAUGACGAAGAAGGUGAACUCAGUCAAGGAGCGCGUGGUCGAGGAGCUGAGAGAGCAGAACGCGAGAUACGAGUGCGGCGACGCUCCAACACCAGAAGUAAAAGAGACAGUACUCAAGCGCGGGAUGAGCGAGAAGAGGCGCAAGGGCAUGUCCAACCAAGAAUGGGAGGAGCUGUGGGACUCUGCAAUCGGCGAGGUCCGCAACGUGGACGAAGUCACUCAAGGCACUGACGGGUAA